AUGCUGAACUGGAAGCCAGUUCAUAGUAGCAGGAAGUGGGAGCAGGAAGUGGCAGCAGGAAGUGGGAGCAGGAAGUGGCAGCAGGAAGUGGGAGCAGGAAGUGGCAGCAGGAAGUGGCAGCAGGAAGUGGGAGCAGGAAGUGGCAGCAGGAAGUGGGAGCAGGAAGUGGCAGCAGGAAGUGGCAGCAGGAAGUGGGAGCAGGAAGUGGCAGCAGGAAGUGGCAGCAGGAAGUGGGAGCAGGAAGUGGCAGCAGGAAGUGGCAGCAGGAAGUGGCAGUCCAGGAAGUUCCGUGGUGUCCAGACGGGGACAGACAGCCGGGUGGCAGAGCUCCUGAACCAGUUGAAGCUGAGGAGCUUUGAGACAGAGCGCUCUCAGAUGGUACAGGAGGAGACCGCCAGGAACCUGGAACAGUGGCAGAUGGAGACAGAGAAACACCAGAAGAAGCUAGAGGUCAUGACCAAGGAGUUGUACAGGCUUCAGGCGUCCUCAGAGAAGCAGAUAACGGAACUCCAGGCCCAGAAUGCUGAGCAGCAGGCCAGACUACAGACCUACGAGAAACUGGAGCAGGAGCUGGACGACGUCACCAUGCAGGCUGCUGAAAUUGAUAAUGAGGAGGAAGCAGAGAGAGUUCUGUUCUCCUACGGCUAUGGUGCCAACGUUCCCACAACCGCCAAGAGACGACUCAGGCAGAGUGUCCAUCUGGCCCGUAGACUGUUGCAGCUGGAGAAACAGAACACACUGCUGAGGAGAGAUCUGGAGAGAUGCAACGCACACACAGGACAGAUCUCUGAGGAGCUGGAAGCAGCUAACCGUCUCCUACAGCAGGCCCAGCAGCCCUACAGUUACCUGAUCGACAUGGUGAGACAGAGGGACACACAGAUACUGUCCCUCAGAGAACGCAUCACACAGCUGGAGGAGGACACCAGAUCUCUGAGGAAAGAGAAGACGUCUCUCCAACAGGUGAAGAACAAUAUGGCCUCCGACCUGGAGCGACUGCUCAACCACCGAGAG